UUUGCAAAGAUGAGCGUUGGCUGCGUCAUCUUGGCGUGCACCUUACUUGCGGGCGCAUCCUCGGGGAGUAAGGCAGCCCAGCCCCUCAAACCCCCGUGCAGACCGGGCUUCUCCCAGAACUUCUACACAGUGAUUGUCUCCAGAGAUGUUCUGCACGGCCAGAGCAUCCUCAAAGAUACCACCCUGUCCAGCCAGCGGGUGAAGUUCGAGGACUGCCAGCGCAGCAGGGAGGUGGGCUUCAUCAGCAGCGACCCCAACUUCAGCGUGAGGCCCGACGGGUCGGUGUACGCAGAGCAGGAGGUGGCUAACCUGUCCGAGCCCGUUCAGUUCAUGGUGACAGCCCGAGGGCUCCACGACCCCCACAUCUGGGAGACCACCGUCAAGCUGGCCCUCGCCGGACAUCCUCACCCUCUGCUGCUCACCAAGAUUGGCAUUGAAGAAAUGCUGUCAAGAGUGUGGGACUCCCAGCCCAGAGUGAUCAAGUUUUCGCGAAGACAUCAGAGAGGCUCUUCUUCCAACGGGCUCAGGCGUCAGAAGAGAGACUGGGUCAUCCCGCCUAUCAAUGUGCCUGAAAACUCCCGAGGACCCUUUCCUCACAUGCUUGUCAGAAUCCGCUCUGAUCAGGAUAAGGAUGUCGGCAUCCGCUACAGCAUCACUGGAGCCGGCGCCGACCAGCCCCCGAGUGGAAUCUACAACAUAGAUCCCAUCAGCGGCAACAUGUUCGUCACCCAGCCGCUGGACAGAGAGGAGAGAGCCUCCUUCCACCUGCGGGCCCACGCAGUGGACAUGAACGGCAACCAGGUGGAGAAUCCCAUCGACCUCUACAUCUACGUGAUCGACAUGAACGACAACAGGCCGGAGUUUCAGAACCAAGUCUACAACGGUUCUGUGGCCGAAGGCUCCAAACCAGGCUCGUCCGUGAUGAAGGUGACGGCCACCGACUCGGACGACUCCACCACGGCCAACGGCAUGGUGCGCUACCGCAUCCUGUCCCAGUCGCCGCACAGCCCCAUCCCCACCAUGUUCACCAUCAACAGCGAGACCGGGGACAUCGUGACCAUGGCGGCCGGGCUGGACAGAGAGAAAGUGUCCCAGUACACCAUUAUCGUCCAGGCCACCGACAUGGAGGGGAAUCUGAACUUUGGACUCUCCAACACAGCCACAGCCCUCAUCUCCAUCACUGACAUCAAUGACAAUCCCCCAGAACUGACAGUCCGGACGUUUUCUGGCGAGGUGCCAGAGAACAAGGUGAACGUGGUGGUGACCAACCUGACGGUGGUGGACAGGGAUCAGCCCCACAGCCCCAACUGGAACGCCGUUUAUCGCAUCGUCAGCGGAGACCCCUCCGGACACUUCACCAUCCGCACCAACCCCAUCACCAACGAGGGCAUGCUGACCGUGGUCAAGCCGGUGGAUUUUGAGAUGAAUCGGGCCUUCAUGCUCACAGUGGUGGUUUCCAACCAGGCCCACCUGGCCAGCGGAAUCCAGUCGUCGCUUCAGUCCACAGCUGGAGUCACCAUCUCGGUUCAGGACGUGAACGAGCCCCCCAUCUUCCCCGUCAACCCCAAGAUGAUCCGAUUUGAGGAGGGCGUGCCGGCGGGGACCACUCUCACCGUGUUCGCCGCCCAGGACCCGGACCACUUCAUCCAUCAGAUUGUCAGGUACUCUAAGUUAUCUGACCCAGCUAACUGGCUCAGGAUCAAUAGAACCAACGGUCAGAUCACCACCACGGCGCUGCUGGAUCGAGAGUCCGAGCAUGUGAAAAACAACAUGUAUGAGGCCACUUUCCUGGCAUUCGACAACGGUAAGUCCGGCUCGCCUCAAGCCAGCGGGACGGGAACCCUCCAGAUCUACCUGAUCGACGUGAACGACAACGCGCCGGUGCUGAUACCCCGGGAGGCGCAGGUGUGCGAGCGCGCGCGCCCCAACUCCAGGAUCAACAUCACGGCGUCGGACGCCGACGCCGACCCCAACGUCGGGCCGUUCGUCUUCGAGCUGCCUUCUUUUCCCGUCACCGUCCGGCGAAACUGGACCAUUUCCAGACUGAGCGGUGACUAUGCUCAGCUGCGGCUCAGGAUCCCUUAUCUGGAGGCCGGCGUAUACGAGAUCCCCAUCAUCGUGUCGGACUCGGGGAACCCUCCCCUGUCCAAUCGCUCCCUCAUCAGGGUCAAAGUGUGUCCCUGUGAUGAUAACGGGGACUGCAGCGCCACGGGGGCCGUCGCCGCCGCGGGCCUCGGCACGGGGGCCAUCAUCGCCAUCCUCAUCUGCAUAAUCAUCCUGCUCAGCAUGGUGCUGCUGUUUGUUGUGUGGAUGAAGCGCAGGGAGAAGGAGCGGCAGGCGAAGCCGUUAUUGAUCGACCCCGAGGACGAUGUCAGAGACAACAUCCUCAAGUAUGACGAGGAGGGAGGCGGAGAGGAGGACCAGGACUACGACUUGAGCCAGCUGCAGCAGCCGGAGUCUCUGGACCACAUCAUCAAUAAGCCAUCGGGGGUGCGCCGGGUGGACGAGAGGCCAGUGAUUGCUGAGUCACAGUACCCAGUGAGGCCCAGCCUGCCCCACCCCGGAGACAUAGGAGACUUCAUCAAUGAUGGUCUGAGGGCGGCAGACAACGACCCCACCGCCCCUCCGUACGACUCCCUGCUGGUCUUCGACUACGAAGGCAGCGGCUCGACCGCCGGCUCCGUCAGCUCGCUGAACUCCACCAGCUCGGGGGACCAGGACUAUGACUACCUCAACGACUGGGGCCCCCGCUUCAAGAAGCUAGCCGACCUCUACGGCGGAGGGGACGACGACUGAGAGCGGGGCGGGGGGCUGGGCGGGGCUUCGGCAGGGGUCGGGAGAGGCUGGACAGGUUGGACGGACGCUCCUUUAAACCGCAGGCGGGGGCCAACCAACACGACGCAGGCUCCUCGGCAGACUCUGUCAGGAACGGACCCUCAGACGGGCCACAGCCGCUUGUUCACUGCGACCAAGCCCACAAUCAUGAAGUCCACUGCAAUGCAACUGUAUUCUGGCUUUAUAUUUUUUAGUGGCGAGUUUGUAGUGUGAUGUUUUUUGUUUUGUUUAUUUUUCUUUUUCUGUUUUUCUUUUUUUGAUUUUAUUUUUUUAAAUUUUGUCGCUCUCUCACCGUGCUGGACCUGGAUGUCUCUGGGGACGAGUCAAGCCGCUGGUGAGAGACACAAAUAGUGAAUUUGUGCUUUAAUUGAUUGUUACAACAGAACCAUCUCUUGCUUUAGUCUCACACUGAAGAGAAUGUUUCCGGGAAGACGCUCUCUGACUCUGUCUCUUUAACGCUGUCAACUUGAAUUUCCUUAGAACAGAAGCACUGUCAUUUUAUAAAGUGCCUUUUGUGGUGUGUUUUUGUAUCAGACUCCUGCUAUCUCAGGAUCGGUUGCCAUUCGUGCAGUACAGCGGAGGCGCGUCCUCUUGUCGCCCUCCUCCUCCUCC